UUAACUCCCCUUGUGGUUGUAAAUGCCUCACACCUUAUUCUCAGAUUGCUGUUGUCGUGUAAUAUAUGUAUGAGGGAAAGGAGGUGAUAAUCCAUUGAGUAUGGAUUAGCAGCAGCAGCAGCAUAAUUCUCAUAAUCUGCAGCCAUUUAAUGACUCUCGAAAUUACUCUACCGAGACCCUGUUAAGUGGAAGACAGCAGAACCUGAGAGAAACGUACACCUGAGCAGGCAACUGCUUCCCAAACAAAAACCGGACGGAAAUCAGGAAAAGGAAACAACCCGGUCAGGGAGCGCGCUUCAGACUUUUCGUGAAGGCGCGCGCAAAAGGGGCGGCGAGCGCGCGAGCUGGGCGGCUAGGACCGAGCGAGGAAAGCGUUGGCGGGGAGAGUUUUCAGCUCCAUUUUAAGUUGUAAACAAUUCAAAUGGACUUGGAGGUUAAAGGAAUUGCUGCAUCUCCAAGGAGACAAGUUCCACUGUCCUCUCAGGGUUGGAGGCCAAACACAAGAUUAAGCCAUGGUCCUCGACCAGCAGAAGUGCCAUGUCUUGACUUGGGAAAGUUGGGAGAUUCAGAAGAUGAGGAUGGAGAUAACAGGACACCCUACAGUGCUGGACGAACUCACACUGGUCCUCCACGUAGAUCUUUUAGGGGAGGCACUCAAAUACAAAGUACUCACACACAAUAUCAUAAUGUAGAACAGGCAGCAAGGAGACGUGAUCUAAAGAAAAUUGAGCUUUUUCCACAGGAGCAAAAAACAAUACCAGAAAAUCUGCCACUCCCAACAGAUACAUACAAGCUGAAAUAUCAGCAAUAUGAAGCAGAAAUGAAAGAGGGAUAUAAACAGUAUUCUCAGAGAGCUGCAAAAAAGAAAACAAAUAAUAACCAGUUUCAUGAACUUCCAGGCAGGAUAGCUGAAAAAAAGCCUGAAAACCAAAGAGUGGAUGAAUUCACAGUUCUUGAUGAGAAAGCCCUUUUGCAGCAGUGUUAUACAAACAAACCGUAUGCUAUGCAGCACAGCAUAAGAAAAUUGGAUGCUGAGGAAGUAGCAGCAGAAAGAAAAAAACAAACUGUAGUGGAACAAGUGAUGUUAGAUCAGUUAUCUAGAGCUGUGAUAAGUGAUCCAGAACAAAAUGGAAAUUCAGAUACUUACAAGAUGGAUCCUGUUCUUCCAGGAUUAAGCACCGCACCUCUACGCUUUAGAAAAAGAACAUUACAUGAAACAAAAAUUAAGACUAGGUCAACAUUGACUGAAAAUAUGCUUUCUAACAAAUUACGAUUUGAUGGUAGAUUAAUAUCGAGAAAUGGACGUGAUGCUUGUCGAGAACUGAUUGGAUUUUACUUUGCAUAUGACAAAUCUUUAACUAUAUAUGAAUAUCGACAAUUUGGUAAAAAUAGAACAAAUGCUCUACCAUUCAUUUUGAAGGGUAUUUAUAUGCAUCAGCGUGGACAAAGAAAAGGAAAACCAUACAGUCUUAAUGAUUUCUAUGUUGGAGCAGACCUAACUUUUUUGAGCCUUCAUCAUCCUGGCCUUCCUGAAAGUAUUAAGCAUAAACCAUUGUUUAUAAUCCGGGUCACAAAUAUCGAUGAAAUGGCUAGAACUUUUCUGAAGACCUAUAAUGUGGAAAAUGAGGAACAUCCUAUCAAGGAGGAAGAUGAUAAGAAUACUUUGAGGAAUAUUCAAGAUAAUCUGAGAGCAAAAUUAAAUAAAAGAGGAGUUCGUAUUGUUUCAGGACUAGGAAAAUAUUUCCGUGAACUGGACAAGAAGCAAAAUGGAAAUCUUACAAAAGCAGACUACAGGCAAGCACUAAAAGUAUUUCAUUUAGAAGUGACUGAAGAGGAAUUUGAAUCUUUGUGGUUACUAUUACAUGAUGACAAUAAUGGUGAAAUUGAUUACAUUGAAUUUAUUCGUGCUAUUCUUGGAGAAAUGAAUGAAUAUAGAAAAGCAUUUGUCAGGAAAGCUUAUAUGAAGCUGGAUUACAAUAAAACUGGCAGGGUGCCUAUGGUAGAUAUCAAGAAAUGUUAUUGUGCUAAAAAACAUCCUCAAGUUAUAGCAGGUAAUGCAACAGAGGAAGAAAUUAAAUCUUCAUUUCUAGAAACACUGGAGGAUGCCUGCAGCAAUCCCAGUGAAGUUUCAUUUAGUGAAUUUGAGGAUUAUUAUGAAGGAUUAAGUAUUGGCAUUCUGGAUGAUGAAGAUUUUAUUAACACAUUACGGAAUCCCUGGGGAAUUUAGAAGUGAAGAAUAUAAUGUAAAAAAAUAGGAAUAGAGACCAUGAACAUUUGUUAACUUUCUAAAUAGAUUUAAUAAAUUGGCCUUCAUAGCCUGAAGAUACAGUAAAUGUUUAAAGCAUGGCUUAUUUCUCUUCUUGCAACAUUAAAGUAGUAUUUAUUAAAUUUUUAUUCAGUUGGCUCAGACUACAUCCCAUGUAAGAAAAUAAUAUGUUUAAUCAAUGAUUUGUGAAAGGAUAUAUGCAUGAUAGAACUAAUGUUGUGCUAUGUCAGGUAACUUGUGAUACACAGUUAAAAUAACUCUGUAUCACAAGCCAUAUAUAAAGGCCCUUUAUUAGAAUGAAUAUUUCUAUUUUGGUGGUCCUGUCAAUGGCUGUUUUAAUCUCACAGUAUAUAAGCAUGGAGACAUUUAGGAUGAUUAUAUCAUGACUCCAGUCUACAGAACAGCAACUAUGCAUCUUUAAGUGAUUUUUUUUUCCCAGGAGAUACUUGUUUUAGUUAAUUUAGUACAGUCAGAUAGUACAGAAAGGUCUUUAUAGAUAUGCUCUUAGAACUUUUUAAAAGCACACAUAUGUACAUAGAUACAUACGUGUCUCUGUGUGUUCUUUGUAAUUCACUUAUUCCACUGUUUAUAUGUGUUGGGGUUUUUACUUAAAAUCUAAUGUGCUUUUUUAGUUCAUCUAAAUACUGUAUCUAGAUUCUUAGUAUAUGUUAAGUAACACAAUGUUUUAUAUUGUAAACCAACCAUUUUGAAAAUAUUACAUUUUGAUUUUAAAAACAGUGAAUUCCUUCAGUAUGUAGCCUAUAUAUAUAUAUAUUUCAGUGCUAAGAUCAUCAUAAUUUGUUAUCUUUGCUCAAAAGUAUGCAAUAUAACUGUUUAAUUGAUCUUAAAUAUAAUUUAUUGCUAGAACUUUUUCAGAACCAGUAAUUAUUAAACUAUGGAUAUUUAUGCUCUGCUAAAUCCCAAACAUGCAGAUACGAAUUUUUGGAAAUCUAUUAUUUAAAACACCAUGAAUCAGUUGUAUAUAAUCUAUUCUGUUCAGGCACCCUCAAGGCCACGUAACAGUAUUAGUCUUCAUCCUCAAGUCCUGAGAGGCUGGACUAGUGGGAGAGAAAAAAAUCAUGCUAUUUUAAAGCUCUUUCAUGGACUGAGCAAAAAGAUAUUCUCUGUAGGCGAAGAUGUUAAAAAGCUCAUUGAAGCCAAUUACAUCCACAGCAGAAAGUCUCAAAAACACACAAAUGUUGCUGGAGUUGUCAAAACUAUGUUCAGUUUGUCUGCAGAAAGUUUAAAUGCUCCAUCUAAGAAAAAAAUAUGCAGCUUUCCUAUAUAUACUCACCAGGAUGCAUAUAAGGAUAAUUUGAAUGGAAUCCAGGAAAGUGACCAGAGGUUAUUGUUGCAACCUUUAUUGACUCAUCCAUUCCACCAGAAAACAGUGCUUUUCUACUAACAAAAGAUGAAGGGAAAAAGGCUAUGUCAAGAGGCUAAAUUACUGAGUGACAGGAUUUAGGAUCCUUCAGGCACAAUUUUCUAAUUGACCGGAUUGUGUAGCUGCCAAGAAGAUACAUAAAGCACAACAGAGGAGAAGGCAUGCAGAAGGAGGUUUCAGAGCAAUCAAUACCUAUAGAAGUGGUGUCUAGUAGUACUCUUGGCAGCCUACUUCAGGGUACAGUAUGCUUUCAGUGCCUGAGGAUGAGACUGCAAGAAUAACAGAAUCUGACUUCAUUUUUUAUUUAGCCAAAUGCAGUGUGAUAAUUUUUCAGAAGACCUGGAUGCAAGAAAGAACUAAUCUCGAUGGGUUUUACUAGACCUCUCUGACAGUAAAAGGGAGUCAAGGCAGAAGAUAUCACAGAGACAGGUUCAGAAUAUUUAUUUCUACUAAAUUCUGGGCUUUGAAAGUUAAACUUGCUCCACUGAGGUUUGCAACAGCAGCAUUAAUAAAAUUCAGCCACUGCAAUCUUAUUGCCCCUCUCCCCCCGAGAACCUGCUUAUUAACCAUUCAUCUUUGAUUAUUAAAAAUGACAUAUCCCCAUGUCUUUGUCAGUAAUUUCAGUGUCAGAAGUGGGUGAGUGAUGCAGAGAAUUUGAACAAUGCCCUCCAAAUCUAGAACCUUUCCAUUUUGCAGCUUGCAAUUAUAAAUCUGCUGCUAUAUAACUAUAUUGAGGUGUACUUAGUACAGAUUUUCAGCAGACUGGAUCUAAUUGUUUUAAAUGGAGUCACUAAUGCAGAUUUUCUAGGGGAAUUUAUUUGGGGAACAUGUGCAUCUAUGACUACCCUGGAUUAAGUGUCUGUCACAACUUUCUGUAAUUUGUAGAGAGUCUCAGAAUUGAAAGCUGAUUGAAAGAUUACCACCUACCAUGAGUUCUGAGCCUCCAUAAACAGGGCAGGAAAUAUGUCUUUCAACCUGCAAUAUAAGCAGAGGUGGAACUGCUUCUCAUUUAAGAUGGUUAAUGCAAAUAUGGCAGGAAUGUUGACUUGGAGCAUCUGUCGUAAAAGAUCAACAUAGUGCAGAGACACUGAUUGGUUCAAAGUCUUCAAUUGGCCUUAAACAACAGUAGUAAAAGAAGGAGCAUUCCUUGUUAGCUGAUUGCAGUUCAUAGAUCAUUAAGGACAGUAUUGUGUAAAAAGCCCUGAAUAAUACAGAGCUAAUUCUACCCAAACACCAACUCGGAUGUUUCUAGAUUUUUUUUUUUAAUAGUACAAAUAGCUGAUUGCAAACUAAAAUAGUUAGCUAUAGAGGAGGACUUGACUCAUUUAUUAACCGCAGCAAAGUCCAACAACCUUUCCUCUAUUUGAAGAGCGGUAUCUGCCUUUCUAUAUUCUGAACCUUUUUACUUGAGGUCUCCUAUCCCAGUAGGAAAGUGGGAAGAGUUCUUCCACAUGCUAUAUGCAGGGAAUUUGAACAGAAUGGUCUUAGAAAGAUUUGGUCUUCUUCCAUCUUGGCCCCUAUGUUGAUAUCUGUGGUUUCCAAACUGGUAAGUCUGCACAAGCUUGGCAGGCUUGAUACCUGCAGAGAUUAAUAAAACUCAGAGUGGUAAGCUCCAAUUUUGACCUCAUAAUUUACGGGCAUAAACACUACACUUCCUGGAUAUUGCAAUGGUCAGAAAUUUAUUUGAGGAUCAUGACCCCAAUAUUAUAUGGCUAGAGACAAAAUUUUGUUUGGCAACCUGCCAUAUGAUCCAGAAAUGGAAUAGAAGAGAAGGAAAGCCAGGAAGAAUGGGAUGAGGAUGCUCUAGGGAUACGUAGGGUAGUAUUUCAGCAUUUUAGUAAUCGUAUUCUGCUUUAGUAAUC